GCGCGACGACGCAGAUCAGUUUCCGCCGGAAGUCCAGUCGCAGUGAGCAGAGAGAAGCUCUUCCUGGAGAGUGUUUGUGUGUUGUCCGGUCUCUCAGCCCCGCUGGUUUUCUCUCUUUAUCAUGGUUUAUUCUGGUGCUGGUGUCUGCUGUCCGCGCUGACUGCUGUCUGCUCUGGUAUGGAGUCUCCAGCGGUGGACGAUGAUAUCUGUAUCCUGAAGCACGAGACGGCGUAUGGGCCGCCCGAGAGCCCCGUGUCCGUGUGUCCCGGAGACGAGUCGGUGGCGUCUCACUUCGCUCUGGUCACCGCCUACGAGGACAUCAAGAAGAGACUGCGAGACACGGAGAAGGAGAACGGGCUGCUGCGCCGGAGAGUCAAGCAGCUGGAGGACAAGCACUUCCGUCCUGAAGCGCCUCCGUCUGAAGGACCGCAGUACAUGAACAAAGCCUUCAGUGCGUACCGCGGUAUCUACAUCGAGAAGGAGGACUUACAGAUGGAGCUCAAUAAAGUGAAAAAGGAGAAGCUGGAUUCAGAGAGGCUUCUGACGGAGCAGCUGCAGGCCAAAGAGCUGGAGCUCCUGCAGCUCCGAUCAGAGAUGGAGACGAGCCAAGUGAUGAAGAGUCUGACGGAUACGGCGGAUUACUGGCAGGUGGACAGAUGCAGCAGUGACAUGAAGAUCCACUCUCUGCAGGAGCAGCUGGAGCGCUUACAGUUAGAGAACGACGCGCUGCACAAGCUCUGCAGGGCCGGACAGGACGUCUGUGAAAACUGUGUAGUUGAUGGUGAUCAGUCUCAUGAAGCUUUGACAGAAGUCAGGGCGAUGGGCAUCGUUCAGUCGUAUCAGGACGUGCUCGGUGAAGUGUGCCGUCUGCAGUCAGCCCUUCAGUCUCAGUCUGAGCUGCUGAGGAAGAUGAGAGAGAGACCAGCGCUGCCUGUCUUCAGACGCGCUGCUUCAACUGUUCCAGUGCAGUGCCUGGAUGACAUGCAGAGGAGCAGCGUCCCUCGUCCCCCCAGCGCGCCUCUGCUGCCCGCGGCCCCAGACGACCCCCAGGACCCCUGGCCCCUCCCGCGUCCGGCCCCGCUGGGCAGCCCCGGCGUGCGGCUCAAUCCCACUCUGCGCAUGAGCUCGCUGGACGACAGCUCCUGGUCCUUCCCCAGCCCUCCUCGACCCAGCGAUGCUCUGUUCUGGGACCAAACCAAGCCCAAGAGCCCCGCCGGCGCCUGGGGCCAACCGUACUGAAUCCCGGCCCCCGGCCCCGGCCCUCCACACCUUACCUGCCUUAACACACACAUCCCUCUCUGGAUGAUCCCGGGUGAGCAAAUACCUCGAGCAGACUGGGAUGGAGAAACCCUUGAGCGGACGCGUUCCUGACUAGGGUUGGGUAUCGUUUGAAUUUGAUCAAUUUCGAUUCCAAUUCUUAGCGGUUCCCAGAGUCAGACAUUAAGAUAUCAAACAAAUUUGAGACGCUGGAGCACAAAACCAGUCAUAAGGGUCAACUUUUUUGAAAUUGAGAUUCAUGCAUCAUCUGAAAGCUGAAUAAAUAAUCU